UUUCUUUCAUUUCGCGCUUUUCCUUGAGAGUUUUCAGAUUCUUCACUCACCCUUUCUCUCUCUCUUCUCCAAACCACCGCACUGCAUUGCGCUUCUGCAUAUUCUUUCUUCCUCAACAAUCAACUUUUUCUCCCAAAGUUUUUUAAUUGUUCUCUUCCCCACAACAUAGUCUCUUCUAUAUUUCCAGUAAAAAUGUUUGAUGCGAUAUUGAAGCCCAAGUUCUAUACAAAGUGCAAAUCGCGCUUGAAGUUAAUAAAGACGAGGGUAGAGACGAUUCAAAAGAAAAGGAAUGCUGUGCAGAAAUUUCUCAAGAAAGACAUUGCUGACCUUCUUCGCAAUGAUCUUGAUUACAAUGCAUACGGAAGGGCGGAAGGGCUUCUGGUCGAACAAAAUAUGUCAUCAUGUUAUGAACUCAUCAUAAUAUUUGUUAACUGUGUAUUGGGUCAUGUUGGAGACCUUUGUAAACAGAGGGAUAUCCCAGAUGAAUGCAAGCAAGCUAUUCAAUCAUUGAUAUAUGCUGCAGCAAGGUUUUCUGAUCUGCCGGAACUCCGUGAACUCAGAAUGUUGUUUACGGGGAAAUUUGGAAAAAAUAAUCUCGAACAUUAUAUAAAUAGAGAGUUUGUUGAGAAGUUGAGGCAAGAUCCUCCUUCAAAAGAAAUGAAGAUUGAUCUGAUACAUGAAUUAGCGCAAGAAUUUUCUAUCAAAUGGAACAGCAAAGCUUUGGAACAAAGACUUGAUUCAUCACCUCAGUUAUAUGAAGAGAAAGCUAAACUUGAUCUACCAAAUGAUAAUGAUGGUGUGAAAUGGCACAAGAACAAUGAUGUUGCCGUCCCUAAAAUAGACAUGUUUACUGGAGGCAAACAGAGAGAUGGAACAGACUGUCAUACAUCUGACGAAAAUGAAAGAGGUACCCCAUCUGAAGUAAGGGAGGAUAUCAGUGAUGCCUAUUGGAGGCUACAAAACAGCACUGAAGAUGAAACAAUUACUGACAGUUCAUCCCUUGAUGGUCAUAAGGCUGGUUCAAGUUCCUUAGGAAGUGUAUCAGAGGAUGAUGCAGAUAUUAAGAGGUCAUUUUCCUACAAGCAUGUUCCACCUCCUUACGUCAUAGAAAAAUUAAAUAAAAGCGAAAGCAGUUUGAAGAAACGCACAGAAUUUCAAGUUCUAUCUGAGAAGGAGUCAAAUGAUCUUCAUGAACCAGUUGUUCCAGAAAAGUCAAAACCAAUGUCAGUUAGGAGGAGACCUCUCAAACCGCCCCUUGAAGACAACACAGUUUCUGAUUUUAAAACUAGAGGCACUGCAAAGGUAGACUCAAGUGGAAAGGAGUCAGAUAAGGCAAAGCAACACCAACAAACCAACCUUGAAGAUAAUGGAGAUUCAAGGGAUGAUGAAGAGAAGAUAAUGGAUGUUCUCUUAAUGCAUUACAGUAACAAACAAUGUCUUCAUGAAUCAAGCAUAGGAAAAACAUAUCCAAAAGCUUAUCCUUUGCAACGACUAGAAUAUGAGUCAUACGACAAUGGACGUCCGAAACCAAAUUCAUGCGCAUCCUUUGUGAGAAUAUCUCUCCCUGCUGAAGACACAGGUUCGGUGAAAACAUUAAAAACUCAUGGACCUGCUACAUCCUUUGUACCGGAAAUGUUGAGGACAGCGGGACAUGUGCAUCCUAGUCUGCCCGAUUAUGAUGACUUGUCUGCUCGUCUUGCAGCUCUCAGGAAGACAUCCCAACCAGCAGCUUAACAAACAUGACAAAUUUUCCCCCUUUUUUUUAUUGUUUGAUCAUUCUUUGUUUAAUUCAAUUUUAUACUCACUGCUUGCUGAAAUCAAUAUCAAGUUGGCAUAUAUGACACAUGACAAAUGAGAGAUCGUUCCUUCCUUUCAUGUAUGAAUUUUUAGAUUGAAAUCCGAAUUUCAAUCAUUUUGAAAGAAAUUCAAGUAGGUGCAGUUGUUGAAUGUUGACCCAUUCAUUCAUCAAAUCAUAUUUAUAAUUUCUGCAAAA